UAUUGAUUUAAAGAAGAAGAAGAAAAGAAAAAUUUCAUUGUUCAUCUUUGUGUGUGGUUUUUUUUUAUAUAUUGCUGCUGCUAGUGUUACUCAUUUUUUGUAUUAUUAUUAUUAUUAUUGUUCCAAUCAAUUGAUCUGGCCAAAAUGUAUCGAUCAUCAAUGUCCAUUUCCAUAAAUCUCAUCAUCCUAGUGGUUAUUAUUACAUUAUCAGCAACGAUUGAUGCACAAAAAUUGAAAUGUAAUAGUAAAACAGAAAAAGAAAUGGAUCAAAUCGUAGCACGUAUCAUGACAUUUGGUACAGAUCGACCAUUUCCAGCGGAUAAAGCAAAACUUAAAGAAUAUUGCAAAGAACAAGUUCGUCUUGUUGGAAAAUUAGAAAGUUAUAAAACACAAUGUUUGAAAAAUCAAGCUAAAAGUAUUGUAUCCGUGAUCAUUUAUUCGAUUAAACAAGUAACAAGUACUUAUUGUAAACGGCCAAAUUCAAAACGUUCAUCGGAAUUAGUAGAUUCAGCCGUUUGUGCCAAUGCGGCAACAAAUGAUUAUAAUAAAUGCAGUAUCGAAUAUAUUGAACGUCUUUUAUAUGCAAAAACCUUACCACAUGGCAAAGAUCGUUUGAUUCAAUCUUGUUGUGGAUAUUUUGCAAUCUAUAAUUGUGUCCGUACACAAGCAGCAAAACAUUCGAAUGUCUGUACAGCGGAACGUAUUGAUGCAAAUAUAAAUUAUAUACGUACAUUCUUUGAUAAUGCAAUCAAUGCUGCAUGUGGUGAAUAUAGUGGCGAUAAUGAUAAAUGCGAUAAAGUGACAAUACCACCGGCAAAAAAAUCGAGUAAAAAACAUUCAUUACCAGCAUCAUUUUUUAAUCCAUUGGUUAAUCUAUUAUCGAAUAUAUGAUGAAAAAAUUCAACUUGAAACCGGUUAUAUAAUGGACGAUUCAUCAGUUUAAAAAUUUGCAAAAAAAAAAUCAAAACAUGACAUUUAUUCA